CCUGUCCUGCCUUUCUGUCUUUCGUCUUCCCGGCGUUUCGACAAGAGGCGCUUCAAUCGUUUCUCUCCUUACUAGUCGACCCGAUAGUUUUGUUCCGUGCCGUGUUUCGGUGAUUUCGUCGGGAUAGUGUUCGUGAUUUGUGUAGUGUUUUGUUUAUGAAUUAAAACUUUAAUUAUUUCCCGUAGAAAAUUAUAUACAAACGAAGAAAAAGGUCAGUCAUCUUAUUGAUUGUGGCUUUUUUCAUUAAUGCUGGUAUGUCUCAAUCGACCAUCAGUGAGUCAGGUCAAAAGUUCCUGUAAGGCCGUUCCAUUACGGCUUAAUUUAAACAAAUGAUCAUCAUGAAUUUAUGAGAUCGUCCGAAAACCAAGGAGCCAGAGGGUGGAAAAAUGGCGCGCGCGCUGUACAUUGUGUGCGCGCUUCUGACGCUGUGCCCGCUAGCUCUUAGCCGGCUUGACGAGGACUUCGCUUUCGACAAUAGUGAGGAGUUUCAGGUUGAAUUGACGGCAAAUCAUUCAGAAAUCACGAAAAAUGGCCUAAAGAGAUUAUGGGGUGUUCCUGACACAUCGGCCUAUGUGGGACAUCUCUUCCGCAUGGAAAUACCCAAAGAAGCAUUCUCAGGAGAAGUGCAGGCGUAUAAGAUUCGAAGAGAAGAUGGGCGUCGCACGCCCAGCUGGCUUGCCGUGGACUCCAAACACGGGCUGAUCAGCGGGCUGCCCCAGCACGCAGACUUGGGUGCCCACACCUUCACAGUCACGGCGCACGGUCAGACUAAAGGACUCACCGCCACUGACUCCUUUACUAUCGAGGUUAAAAAAGCAGAAGAAAAGCCCCAUUCGAAGUAUGGCUCGUGCGUGAGGUCCGAGAACAAGCUGGUGUUAGUGAUUCUGAUCGACGGGCAGUUCCAAUACAUAGCGCCGAGACAGAGAAUACGGGCGUUGAUGGAACUCGCCAACUUCAUGGCUAUAGAUGGGGAUGAGUUUUGGAUGGAGCCAUACAAGACUGAAGCGGCGCGUACGCAAACUGUUCUCAUGAGCGGCCCUGGAACCACACAACGCAGGCGCAGUGACGCCGCUACCGCCAUCUACUUGAAUGUGGGCUGCAACGACAAAUUAUGGUCUCGCCACAAGGUGUUAGUAGCUGGUCUGAGGGAGCAGUCUCGCGAUGGCACUCUGGCGCAUGUGCUGCGACUGCCUGUGCUGGGCUGGCGGCUGCUGGCGGUCAAACCGGCGCCUAGGCACAAGCGGCAGUCGAUAUACGAAGAAGGCUCCGGGCAGUACGACGACUACGACAACGAGGAAGACCCCGCGGACGCCGACUACAGCGGCUACGACGAGGACAAGGACGACAGCUACACCGACCUCGCCGGCGGGCCGCUCACCGACAACACGGAGGAUGUUAAGAUCACGCCUUAUGAUGCCACCUCGGCCUCUGAAAGCAGCAGCGUCAACUACACACAAGAAGUACCGUUCACUCCUAGAAGAAUUGGCUCGUCUUACGCCGAAUUCCCAUUAGAAAAUGCAACAGACCCACCGCUACCGACCACGACCGAAGCUGAACUGCAAACUGUUAUAAUACGCGAGUCGGAACUGCCGAUUUCGUCGUCGGAACCGCCGACGUCUAUACCGUCCCCGACGCCAUUGUCGACAACUUCGACGACCUCGACCACGGAAAUGCCGGUGCCUUUGCCACCUGUUAUCGUGCCAACCACGGUGUUGCCCAAUACGACUUUGCCGCCGACCACAACGCCAAAGUCUACGGUACUGACGUCAGCGGCCACGGUAACGACGACGCCGACUGAAGCGAGCACGCUGGAAGUCACUAAGUUCCAGGAAUACAGCUCAUCAGAACGGUCCAGCACCAUUAUUGGACGAACUACCGAAACUGUCACGUUUGCGAUGCCAGCCAACCAACCUCCCACACUGAAACACCACAUGAAGAAACUCGCCAUUAUCGCUGGAAAGGCUUUCAGAUACAUAAUCCCAGCCGACCUGUUCACUGACCCCGAAGACGGCAGUAACCUAACGUUCACGAUGUAUGAAGCUGAGAACGUGCCGCUCAGCAAGGACUCGUGGAUACAGUUUAUACCGUCCGGACGGGAGGUCUAUGGCCUACCGCUAGAGCGCCACGUGUCCCGUUGGAACUUCAUAGUAGAAGCGCAGGAUAGCGAGGGCUUAAUAGCAAGAGGUCCCUUAGACAUAACCGUACAACAGCACAAGAGCGGGCGAACUAUCAACCACCAAUUUGUCAUGCAAUUCGAGCUCUUGAAACAAUACAACAACGUCAUAGAUUGGCAAAUCAGGGCUUUGGAGGGAAUAGUGAAUUUGUUCAGGGACACGGAUAUGCAUCACUUGACAGUUUUGAAUGCGACUCAGAACGGAAAUAUUUGUGAAUUCGUCUGGACCAACGACACGCUGCCGAAGGAUCCCGUUUGCCCAAUGGAUGACAUCAAUAGGUUGAUGAAGAUAAUGGAAUCCGAGAGCGAGCCCGGCGCGCCGGCCGCGAACCUGUCGCGCGCCAUGUCGCCGCAGCUGCAGGUGCUGCGCGUGCGCUGGCGCGGGGCGGGGCGCUGCGCGCGGCCCGCGCCGCCGCCCGCGCGCGCGCCCGACACCUACCCGCCCGUCACCAGGAACCAGGUCGACCACCUCACGGCCACUGUCGGACACCUGCUGGUUUAUAAAGUGCCCGAGGACACGUUCUUCGACCCAGAAGACGGCAGUACCCGCAACUUGGCACUAUCUCUUCGCUACAGCGACCGUUCAGAACUGCCGCGCGGACACUGGCUGCAGUUCGACGAGAAAAACCAGGAGUUCUAUGGACUUCCAGCUCCAGGCGACGAGGGCAGUGUACACUAUCAGCUGAUUGCCGAAGACUCGAGCAAGAAGAGUGCAUACGACAGCCUUAUAGUGGAAGUUGUGAAAUCUCCUACCAUCAAACCUACAGUGGAGUUCCAAAUGACCAUGGACUAUCCGUUCCCGCAAUUGGCAUACGAUGCUAACAACAAGAGGAAGGUGGUCGAGAAACUUGCUGCACUUUUCGGACAGAAAGAGACGGAUAAUAUCAGGAUACAGAGCAUUACGAAUAACCCGACUACUAUCAUUUGGUACAACACAAGCCUCCCAAUGGACAGGUGUCCCAAGAAAGAGAUAGAAGACCUCCGCAAGAUGAUAAUCAUAGACGAGCGAGGCACCGCCGGCGGCGCCGCUCUCAAAGAUAACGUAGACCACGUGUUCGACAAAGACCUCAAAGUCAUGUCUAUCAGAUUGAUACCUCUAGGUCUAUGCGCCGAACAGAACACUAAAGUGCCCAAAACAACGAUACAAGUCCACCCGGGGUCAACGAACUUGUUGAAUAGCAAGGCGGAUACGGCUGACGCGUCGUAUCUAGUGACGUUUAUUAUACCAGCGGUUGUGAUCGUGUGUAUGAUACUCGUCGCCGGAAUUAUUGCCUGCGUGCUCUAUAGGAGGCGGCGGACGGCAUUUACAGGAAAAAUGAGCGUCGGAGACGAAGAGGAGCGUCAAGCGUUCCGUUCGAAGGGAAUCCCCGUCAUCUUCCAAGACGAACUCGAAGAGAGGGGCGACUCGGAGCCAGUGCACAAGAGUCCCGUGAUAAUGCGCGAAGAAAAACCACCUCUAUUGCCCCCCGCCCCAGAGUACAGAUCGGGGGAGGACGUGCCGUACCGCCCCCCGCCGCCCUUCCCCGCGUCCCGCACCCCGCCGCGGCCCAAGGCCACCCCCACCUACAGGAAACCUCCCCCGUACGUCCCGCCUUAAGAUACUGCCUCACUAAGUUAAGCUACACUAGUAUGUAGACAAAGAGUUUCAAAGGUACCACGUAAUUUUGUCGUCUAACUUUAUGCACCAUCUAAUGCUAGCGCAAAGCGAUAUUCUAAUUUUUAAGCCAACGACGCCACGCUAGCGAAGUUUAUCAUAAAAAUUUGGGUGCAGUUUGGAUCUACCUUAACUUUUUCUAAGAUGAAAAACGUGGCAUACUUAAAGCGGAUUUAAAUGCGAUCAUAUUUUUAAACAAAACAAUAUUUUAACGUUUCAACUUUUCGGAUUGCAUAACCGCGACUUUUUUGGAAUAUUCUUUUGUUACUUAGAAAUCCCAUUUAACUAGUCCGAAUUUUUUUUACAAUACAUACUGAAAAUUUCCAUUUAUUAUGGAACUUCUCAAAAUUAUGAUAUAUUGGAAAACAUUUUGGUAAAUUAUGUUAUCCAAUAAAAUGCAUUUAAUACGAAAUGUAAUUGUUAAGGGAACCUCUACAAAACAAGGAAUUGUUCACAUUAUAUUGUGACUACGAAUUUCUUAUAUAUUAUACAAACGUAGGUAGCUAUGUACCCUCGAAUAUCAGGUACGAAAAGUAUGCCGAUUUCAAUUAUUUAUAUUGGAGACUUCACAUAAUACUGUAACGGAUUUAGUGUUAUUGUUGAAGUAGAAAUGUUAUAUUAGCUUAUAGGGUAAGGCGAGUUAUAAAUGGUAGCUAGUAUGCGUGAUAUAAAUCCAUGUUUUGCAACUAGCCAGUCGGGUAAAGUCGAUAUAAAUGGCCCCAUAUCCCAUCCCAACGUUCGAAACGGCAAUGCCGGAAUAGGUCUAAGUUUUGUAUAAAAAUAACGAAUUAAUCAUAACUCUUAAUAAAGGAGUUUUCUUAAAAAGUACUUAUUAUCAGACUUAAAAUUCCAUCUUAAGUCACAAAUGUAUUUUUUCAUAACUUAAAUGCACGAAUAAUUGUAAAUAUGAAGACCAACAGAACGAGGUGUUUGGCUGAGUGUGUGCCAUUGUUUCGGAAGUUGUUAUUUAAUGUAAUUUUAAAAACAUAUCGAAUUGUAACGUUUUAGCCUUUAGAGUAGAUCUUCCACAGUGUACGAGACGUAGUGAAUGUAAACGUUGCGAUAUGGCCUCUAAAAUGUACAGACAAUGAAGUUAAUGCUAACACAAAUAUGGUAUCUGUCUCAUAUGUACCUACAAGUUUUAUCUUAUUUCUGGCAAUUCUUUACCUUUCACUAUCAGGUUGUCUAAUUUGCGAUUGUCAAAGUGGAACUUUAAAUACUGGAAGUUCCACUUAAAAAAAAUCUAUCAGCAAAAUAUUGUUUUUCACUUCCAAGUCUAAAUAGACUUGGAAGUGAAAAACAAUAUUUUGCUGUUCGUAACGUGUUUAACUAUUCGUAAAUACGAAUGAUAUCCAUAUCUUUUCUCUUUUUGACAAACCUCAGAGUUAGACAGAGCCCUCUCUGAUAAAACAUAUGUCUUGUCACCGUUCGUGAAUAGCCCCGUAGUAUAUUGAGGCAAAGCUAUGUUGUUUCGUACAGCCAUCUGGCUCGUCGGUAUCGAAAUUGAAACGAAUCGCUGUUCAAACGCAUGGAUUACUGGUAGUGUGAACACUAUACAAUUAACUUAUAUUGUAAUGAAUGAAUUAUACAACUGACUCUAGGUUAUAGUCUAUGAUAGAUUAUUUAUAAGGAUGAAAUAUCAUUUUGUACUUGUCUAAUUAUUACCAUAGGCGUAAGGUUAACAAGUUGUGUAUUAGGUGAAUAUGAAAGAAUCGAGCUAAAACUUUUUCUUUGGAUGUAAUUUUUUUCUACUGUAUACUCAUUAGAGUUUGCAUUUAUAGAUCUUUUAGUGGUAUGAAUAUACAAAUAUACAGUCUUUUAAAUCUGAUGUAUUAUCUUUCUUUCUCUCUUAUUUACUUGUGUUUUGUUAGUUGUACUUAAAUGUCCAUUAAAACCGUACCAUUUUCAUUCAACGAUUUGUAUUUGACAAUGUUAUUUUGUACACGUCUCAGCAAAUACGCACAUAAUUUAUGAAUUAUUGAGCUUUUUAUU